AUGGCCGACGACGGACGUCGACAUUUCCAGGACCACUGGGGCGUCCACUUUCCGCCUGGGCAGGUAUCUCGCUUUGAAUCACAGCUGGCCUCGCCCAUGCCACCUCCGCCUCUCCCGGUGCCGCUGACCCUCUCCGAAGCUCGACGAGCAGAGCUUGAUCCUUACUUGCCGGAAGAGCGUACAUCGUUCCUUAUGGAGGGGUCGUUGCCAGAAGGCCUAAUCCAAGAGCGCAGGGAGCUUCCUUUACGAGAACUCCUCCCUCACGUUACGCUCACCUACGCGCAGUCACUCGACAGCCAGAUAUCUCUGCAUCCGGGUGUGCGAACCACACUAUCCGGAGAUGAGACAAAGGCUAUGACACACUACCUACGAGCUCGACAUGAUGCCAUCCUGAUAGGCGUUGGCACCGCGAGGGCAGAUAAUCCUGGCCUCAACACGAGGUUCAGCUAUGAUGGACAACAAGUUGUCGGCCUGGCACAGCAGCCGAGGCCGAUUAUCUUAGAUCCAAGCAAGAGGUGGAGAGACGAUCUUUCUACGAAUUUGUUUGAGCGAGCAGUAAGCGGCCAAGGAAGGGCGCCAUGGUGGGUUAUAUCCCGGAACGAAGAGUUUCUCAUCCCUCAGACCCCCGAGGAACAGCUCGAAGACCAGGUGCGGAUGCGGAGGAUAGAAGCUAUCGGCGGGCAAUGCUUAGUCGCUGGAGAUUAUAAGAGUCCCGGAGAGGGUGUUGAUUGGGCUGCGAUUUUGAGAACCUUGGGCGAAAGUGGAAUUCGUAGCGUCAUGAUCGAAGGGGGAGCCACAGUUAUUAACGACCUUCUGAGGGCCACCAAUCAGGUCUUUAUCGAUGCCCUCAUUAUCACAAUUGCGCCGACAUAUUUAGGCAAUGGAGGGGUAGUCGUUACCCCGCUUAGAUCUGUGAGCAACCAGAAUGAAGCCAUCCUAACAGAUGUUAAAUGGUUACCUUACGGCCAAGAUGCAGUUAUGGCAUGGAAACGUCGACGAGAACCAGAGUCUGGUGCGAGGCGAAUCCGACAGAGCCAUGCCGUCCGGAAUGGAGACUCAAAACUACUUGAGGGGGACCUUAAUUUAGGGGCCACUGGAACAUCAAGUGGAUCAGAGGCCAUGGCGAGCGGCGCGCUGCAGGAAGAUUUGGGGCCACAUUAUUAUGUACCUGCGGCGCAAGCUCAAAGCGAACAUAUCUCCUCUCGAACUAUACCGUUUCCCUUGAUGUCCCCCCUCGCGAAUGAGAUAAUUCGUGCUCAAAAGCGCUCCGAGAGCUCUUCCGAUGAGCCCUUUGAUCCGAACGAUCCACCUGCUAUCAAAGCUUACCAUGUUCUCCUGAAUCUGCGGAAUAUGAUUGAUAACUCUAUGGCUAAAGUGACCGCUUCAUUUGAAGCCGGGGAAGAGCGUAACCUAGUGCAAGCCGCUAUUAUCAACGCCAAAUAUCAGAUGGAGUCCGUUGCUACUAGCCUAUGUGAUUGUCCCCUGGGACAAGACUGUUCGAUAGGAAUGGUCAGAAAAGCUCUCAAUCUUGCAAAAAUUCCGGUAAAUAAAACUUUGCGUCGUUCGCUGGAUAGAAUCAUUGCCGGCUGUGUCUUUGAUGAAUAA